AUGUCGCUCUGCACACGGUUGAAUGUAGGUCACUGCUCGUUCAAAUUUCGCGCGCAAUCGUGUGUUGCCAUUUGUUGGCGUGCUACAGAACUAGACCGGAAACUUUUUGAUACCAACUUGUAUCUAUACAUUUCUUUCUUUCUUUCUUUCUUUCUUUCUUUCUUUCUUUCUUUCUUUCUUUCUUUCUUUCUUUCUUGUUUGUUUAUUUGUUUCCUUCCUUCUUUCUUUCUUUCUCUAUUCUUUUUUCCGUUCGUUAAUCAUUCUUUCUUUCUUUCUUUCUUUCUUUCUUUCUUUCUUUCUUUCUUUCUUUCUCAGUUUGUUCUUUUACUGUUCUUUCUUUCUUCCUUUCUUUCUUUGACCUCUCUACAUCCUUCUUUUAUUUUUCUUUUGACGAUUUUCCUUAAUUUCUUUUUUUGCUCCUUCGUUGUCCUUUUCUUUCUUUCUUUCUUUCUUUCUUUCUUUCUUUGUCCUCUCUACAUCAUUAUUUUAUUUGUAUUUUGUCUUUCGACUAUUUUUCUUUUUUCUUUCUUUCAUUCAUUCGUUCAUUUUCCUAUUCUUUCUUUCUUUCUUUUUUUCUUUCUUUCUUUCUUUAAUGCCUAA